AUGUCUGAGUGCACAAACUACUCUUUUAAUAGCUUAACAUCAAAAACUUUUGAGCUUCCAUCACAUGAUUUAAUCAACCUGUCAUUUAGACUUUGGAUGUAAUUAUAAAAUUAUUUAAAUAGGGUAUACUCUGUUAACUAUUCGUUCUAUUUGUAUGUUGACAACGAACUUUAUCUUUUAAUCUAAACUUCACUACACAGUUUUACAAACGAUUGUUCAUCAUAUGGAUCAUAUAAAAUAUCUGAAAAUAUAGUUCACUCAAGUUCUUCAGUUUAAAUUACAAUGGUCUCUGAUUGGUAAUCAUGGGGAUUUUCUGAAUUUAAUUUAAAUGCCAUAAAUAUUACUCAAAAGAUUUGGGAAUUAGCCUAUUAAUCGCUUAAUCAAAUAGUUUUCUUCUCCAUAUCUUAAGAUGAUGGGUGGAUGACUAAUGGCAUAGUUUCCUAGUAGAGAGAACAAUGUACAGGUAUUAAUAAUAAAUAUAAAUAGAUUUCAAUUAUUUAAGAUCAACAGGGAAUUAUUUUAUUAAAGAUUUCGUUUUGUAGGUUCAUAAUAAGAUUAGUUUGAAUUUAAAAGUCUUAAUAUUCAAUAAAGCUUCACCAACUAUAUCUAUCAAAAUUGAUAAUUAAUAAGUAGCAACUAAAUCUUCAAAUUCUUAUGUACAAUCUUCAGCUACAAUAUGCAGCAAGUUCAUCGUUAUAUAGCUAUAAAUAUCAGACUUUGUGCAUAAUAAUCAAAAUCUGAGAAUAGAGAUUACAACUUCAGCAGAUGGCACUAUUUCAUGGUUUGGAAUAAGAGAUUUUUCAUUAUUUACUGAUAUAAUUGAAGAUUAUUAAUGUAAAGACCUUAAUAUUUUGCCAUUUGAUGGAUGCUUCUCUAAUCAAUACGAUUGUAAUUUUGGUUGUAGUAAUUGUGUAAAAGGAAUCUGCAUCAAUUGUUUAGAUGGAUGGUAUUUACACACAAAAAAUACUUGUAUUCCCAUCUGUGGUGAUAAUAUGUUAAUGUUAAAUGAAGUUUGUGAUGAUGGUAAUUCUAUUCCAUAUGAUGGUUGUCAUAAUUGUUAAUUUUCUUGCCCAUUAAAUUGCAUUCUUUGCGUUUUUGGAACAUGUUAAGAAUGCCAAUAAUCCUAUUUUUAUAUAGAAAAUAGGUGUAUAUCUGAAUAUCAGAUUAGUGAAAACUUUUUUGAAAAAAUUGAAACAGGCUUAUUUGAAAAUUGGAUUUAUGAUCUCGAAAAAAAUGACUUUUAAUCUGAAAACCUUGUUGAACAAUUAGAAGCUGGUUUUUUCAACAAUUGGUCUAAUUAUCUUGAAAAAAAUGACUAUUAAUGUUAUUAAAACCUUGUUGAAAAAUUACAAACUGGUUUUUUGAAUAAUUGGGCUAAUUAUCUUGAAAAAAAUGGCUAUUAAUGUUAAAACCUUAGAAAACAAUUAGAAGAUGAUUUUUUCAACAAUUGGAUUAAUUCUCUUUAUCAGCUUGACUCAUAAUCCGAAGACCUUAUUGAACAAUUAGAAACUGGUUGUUUCAAUAAUUGGUCUAUUUAUCUUGAAACAAAUGACUAUUAAUGUUAUUAGAGCCUUGUUGAAAAAUUACAAACUGGAUUUUUCGAUUAUUGGACUAAUUAUCUUGAAAAACAUGGCUUUUACUGUGAAAACCUUAUAAAAUCAUUAGAAGCUGUUUUUCUCAACAAUUUGACUAAUUAUCUUAAUCAAAUUAACUUUUAAUCUGAAAACUUUGUUGAACAAUUAGGAACUGGUUUUUUCAAUAAUUGGUCUAUUUAUCUAGAAACAAAUAACUUUUAAUGUUAUUAGAGCCUUGUUGAAAAAUUGUAAACUGGUUUUUUGAAUAAUUGGACUAAUUAUGUUGAAAAAAAUGGCUUUUAAUGUGAAAACCUUAUAAAACAAUUAGCGGCUGAUUUUUUCAACAAUAUGUCUAAUUAUCUUGAUCAAAUUGACUCAUAAUCCGAAGACCUUGUUGAACAAUUAGAAACUGGUUUUUUCAACAAUUGGUCUAAUUAUCUUGAAAAAAAUGACUAUUAAUGUUAUUAAAACCUUGUUGAAAAAUUACAAACUGGUUUUUUGAAUAAUUGGGCUAAUUAUCUUGAAAAAAAUGGCUAUUAAUGUUAAAACAUUAGAAAAUAAUUAGAAGAUGAUUUUUUCAACAAUUGGACUAAUUCUCUUGAUCGGUUUGAAUCAUAAUCCGAAGACCUUAUUGAACAAUUAGAAACUGGUUUUUUCAACAACUGGAUUAAUUAUCUUGAAAAAAAGGGUUUUUAAUGCCAACUUACUUAUCAAUAACAAUUAAUACUGUAAUAAUCUUAAUAGUAUAAUUUAAAUCAAAAUAAUUUAUAUGGAUUAGACAUAAUUUCAAGUUUCUCUAUUUGUUAUUUUUCUGAUAAUUUAAUUAUUUAAGAGUAAUAAUAAGAUAGUAAAACUGAAUGUAAAAAAGGUUAUAAAUUAUCACCCAGCAAAAGACAAUGUGUUGAAAUUUGUAAUUGUUAAGAUUUAGUUAGCUUAUAAAAUAAUGAUUGUUAUAAUUGUGUAUAAAACUGUUAAUUAGAAUGUUUAAUAUGUCUUUAAGAUAAAUGCUAUGCUUGUUUUGAUGGAUGGUAGUUGGUUGAUCAUAAAUGUUAGCAAAUUUGUGGAGAUAAAUAAGUCGCAUUAUAUACUUAUGAAUAGUGUGAUGAUGGAAAUCAAUCUAUUGAUGAUGGAUGUCAUGAAUGUUAAUUUUAAUGCGGAUUAUUUUGUUAAUUUUGCGAUAAGGAAUUAAAUUGCCUCAAAUGUGAAUAAAAUUUCAAUUUGGUAAACAAUAUAUGUCAACCAAUAUGCGGUGAUAAAAUAGUAAUAACCGGAUUAGAGGAAUGUGAUGAUGGAAAUGAAAUUAAAUAUGAUGGCUGUUAUGAAUGUUAAUUUUAAUGUAGUUUUGGCUGUAAAGUUUGUGAAUCUGGCAAAUGUUAAGAUAUAUGUAAAGUUGAAGAAGAAUUUAUAAAUGGUUAAUGUAUUCUGAUAGUUCCAUUUGAAAGUGAAGAAAUUGAAUCAAUUCAAUCUGAAUGCAAGAAUAAUUGCUUAGUUUGCGAUGGGGCUAACUGCCUCCUAUGUAAACGAGAUUAUAUUUUGGAAAAUAAUAAGUGUUUCUCAUGUGGAAAUGGGAUUAUAACCAAAGAUGAAGAAUGUGAUGACGGAAACAGGAUUAACUCUGAUGGGUGUUCAAAAUAAUGUAAAAUUGAAAAGGAUUGGAAUUGCAUUGACUCCUUAUCAUUUUUAAGCUAAUGUUUCCCUGUUGCUAAAAUUUCGAUAGUAUUGUUAAAUUCAACUUUUAACUCACAAUAUGUUAAAUUAUCAUAUUCUAAUUAAGUUAAACUGAAUUAAUAAGAUAUAAACUUUUUAGAUUUUAAUGUUAAUUCAAUUAAUGUUGAUCCCACUUAUUAUAACAUUAGUAUUUUUCCUGUAAUGGAAAUAGUCUCAAAUGAGACCCGAUUUAUCAAUUAUGAAUUAAAAAUUGAAAUUUAUUAGCAACUCUCACAAAAUCCAAUUUUGGAUGUUAAGGUCGAUCUUAUUUUAUUGGAUGAAAACAAUUUACCAGUACCACCAUCAUCAGCAUAAAUUGUAUUAACCGCCCCUUUAGUUUUAAAUCAAGCAUAAGUAGAAGUUUCUCAGAAUUUCUAAAAAUUUGGGUACAAUGUUAUGCUUGCAUUAGGAAGUUUUGCUAUUUUUGCAUUUCUUCUUGGGUCUCCCUAAUAAUUUUUUGA